CCCAAGCUCUCACCCGCCCACAGAUUCUCUCCGCCGCGAUCCGAUCACCGCCGCCGUGAUGCUCUCCAUGCUUGCCGAUGGCGGCGGAGCCGAGCGGGAGGAACACCGGAUCACGUACGAUGAACCCUCACCGCCCCGUGAGUCCAAGUCUCGGCUUCAUAACUUCUCUUUCCCAACGCUAAGCUGGGGUUCCACUCGCCUUCUCCGAUGCUCCAAGCUCGCUGCUGGAUCCGCACCCCUCGCUGGAGAUCCUAAGACGCCCUCCUCCCCCAACGCCGCCGCCUCUCCCUCCGCCACUCCCGAGGAGGAGAACUCCAUCCCAGCCCAGCCAUGGAAUCUCCGCACACGCCGUGCCGCCUGCAACGCUCCAAUAGAGAAAGUUUUGCCUUCGUCGUCGAAGUCCCUGUCACCGGUGCCGGUGGAGAAGGCCGGGAACGGCGGGAGGUCCGUGCGGUUGAGAUCGGAUAGCUUGGAGAGGAAAAAGUUCUCGGUUCAGCUGACCAGAGAAGAAAUCGAGGAGGAUUUCUACUCCUUUAAGGGAACGAAGCCCUCUCGCCGGCCUAAGAAGAGACCGCGUGUUGUUCAGCGCCAACUCGAUGCGCUUUUCCCUGGGUUGUGGUUAUCAGAGAUAUCUCUGGAUACAUACAAGAUUAGUGAUUAAGAAGAUGGUAGGGUGUGGAAAUGAAAAGUUUGGUUCUUUCGAUUGCUAAUGGUAGCUGAUGAUGGAUUGUUAUGGCGUUGGUUAGUUCUGAGUUUUACCGCACCUUAUUUAUCUGUAAAUUCAAAAAUUUUGAACAUAAGUGCUUAACAAAGUUUGCAUCUUGAUCUACCAUGGUUGUUUAUUUCAGAUUUUUUUAUUUUCCAGUUUCUGGUGUUCAGAGUUUUUGCUGGACAUCCAAGUUUAUUUCAGUAAAUAUCUCUCUUUUUUUUGUUGGAGUGAUAGAUCUCAAUUAAAAUUCCCUUUUUGAACUGUUAAUUUGGAUAUAAUAAAUGUUCAUAGUAUGUGUGUGGGCUGCAUUAUUGAUUCAGCCAUUCAAAUUUUAUUUAAUUCAAGUUUUUUGUUAUUUGCUACAUUGUGGUUAUGGUUUGCAUAAUCAGUUGCCAUGGGAGUGCAGUGCAAUGAUGUACAUUUUGCUAUAUCUCCCUGAAUUCUUGUUCAAAUAAUAGCAAAGCACCUUAAUCAUCUUAAUGCUUUAAUUACAUAAUGUAUUGAGUACCAUAUGUGAAGUCAAAUGAAUCCAUUACUGACAGAUAGAUGAAAGAUCCUGCUUGUCAGUUUUCUGUCCUCUGAUGAAAAUAUGAGCUGCUAUCAAUAUUAUUUUCAUUACCAUUUGUGGUCGCAUUUAUUGCUGGUAAUCCCCUCUGUAAACAUAUGAUUCUGAUCUUUUAAUGUAUUUAUUGCUGAAGAACACCUAAAAUAUAUACUUUCCUUUUGAGCUAUGGUAGUUCAUAUCUUAAUCAAAGAAUCAAAUAGUGUGGUUUAGAUUUCUAGAAAUAAUCGUCACUUGAUGCCUUGUCAUAUGACUCCUAUUUGCAAAAGCCAUCCUCCUGGUUGCUACCUUCAGCAGCAUUGGUUGUUUUGGGUUUCUACUUGUUUAAGGUUGAGUAUGCCAAUUCAAUUUCAUUGUUCUCAAAUGCAUUACAAAUCUUAUUCCUAAGCCAUAUAUCUCUGUACUUCAGGAUUGAGUUUGCUCAUGUAUAAUCUCCUUUUUUUAGUAUUCCAAUAAGCAGAUGUUCUCUUGUUCUCUUUUCCCUGUGAACACCAUCAUAAAUCAAUUUUUGAGCUGGAGAUCUUAACCACGAGUAAGCCACCAAACUAUGUAGAUGGCCAUCUGCUGCUAGCUUUGACUUUAUGUCAACAGAUAUGGAAUGUAAAUCCAUGUGAACCUGCAUUCAAUGAUUUUGCCUCUUGAGGGUUUCUCAUUGCAUUUAUUUCAUCUUUUUGUAACUUGAAAUUUUAUGAGAAAGUAUUCCUGAAAUUGUUCUCACAAUAAGAUACUGAGAACCUGUAAUGUUCAUUUUAUAAGAGAAUCCACAAUUAGAGUCUGUGGAAUGCAGUAAAGAAGUAGCUGAUCAACUGGUGAUUUUUUGCCUAAAUACAU